AUGCCUCCUCAUACCGCAGAAUACCCUUCGUUUGACGAAGUUGGUCCGUCAACAAUCGCAGAGAAAAAAGGCUUUCAUGACAAUGUAGGAUCAUACGACGUGGAGAACACGGCCGGCCAGCUGGAGGAGGUGCACGACUUCAAGCAAGGCCUCCACCAGCGACAUAUUCAGAUGAUCGCGUUGGCCGGUACCAUUGGAACUGGUCUUUUCCUGGGUUCUGGUCGAGCGAUCGCGACAGCCGGGCCUCUUGGAGCCUUUCUCGGAUACACCAUCAUUGGUCUCACAGUGUCGAGCGUUGUGUUCGGUGUUGGAGAAAUGGGCGCCCUGGCCCCCCUCACCGGCGGUGCCAUUCGAUACCUGGAACUCUUCUGCGAUCCUGCGCUAUCAUUUGCCAUUGGGUGGAACCAUGUGUACUCCUACGUUGUUUCAAUCCCGUCCGAGAUCGUGGCAGCGGCUGUUAUUGUUCAGUUCUGGAUUACGAUCAACAACGCGAUAUGGAUAACUGUGUUCGGCGUCCUCAUGCUUAUCACAGCACUCCUCUUCGUCCGUAUCUACGGGGAGCUAGAGUUCGGAUUCUCAAUGCUGAAAAUCAUGCUGGUCAUUGGAAUCAACAUUAUGGCAUUGGUCAUUACCUGUGGAGGAGGCCCCGACCACAAGGCCAUCGGAUUCAGCCGAUUCAUGGGAUUCUGGACUACAUUCGACAAUGCGCUCUACGCAUACUCCGGCAUUGACAAUAUUACAGUGGCUGCGGCCGAGACGCGCAACCCUCGGCAGGCGAUCCCCCAAGCCGCGCGACGGAUCUUCAUUCGAAUCUUCCUCUUCUACAUCCUGACAAUAUUCAUGGUUGGCCUAGUCGUACCGUCCAACGACCCUAGUCUACUCGGCUCAACCAGCACAGCCGCGCAUUCACCCUUCGUCAUCGCCGCCCGUAAUGCCGGCAUCUCAGCAGUGCCAUCUAUCAUCAACGCCGUCGUCCUGACCUCCGCCUGGUCAUCAGGCAAUUCGAACAUGCUCGGUGGCUCGCGGAUCCUGUAUGGCAUGGCAUGUAACGGCCACGCCCCGAAGAUCUUCAAGCGCAUGAACCGUUUUGGUGUGCCCUACAUCUCCGUGGCGCUGUACGGCCUCUUCAUGGCGCUCGGCUACAUGACGCUCUCCGACUCGGCCAGCACGGUAUUCACCUGGCUGCAGGAUAUCGUCGCCAUCUCAACACUCGUCAAUUGGGUCUGCAUCUGCAUCGUAUACCUGCGCUUCUACUACGGAUGCAAGAAGCAAGGCAUCGACCGCCAUAAAGAACUCCCCUGGGCGGCACCAUUCCAGCCCUGGAGUACGUGGUUCUCGUUGAUCCUACUCGUGGUCCUUUUCUUUACGGGUGGUUAUAAGACAUUCAUGCAUGGGCACUGGGAUACCGAGACGUUUAUCUCGUCGUACCUGAACGGGCCGCUGAUUUUGGGUAUUUACCUCGGGUAUAAGUUCGUGAAGAAGACGAGGAUUAUUCCGUUAGAGGAGAUUCCUAUUCGGCCAUUUAUUGAGAAUUAUCAAAAUAACCCUGAGCUGGAGCCUAAGCCUAAGAAGGGGAUAAGGAGGUUGAAUAUUUUGUGGUCUUAA